AUGAAAAGCAGCAGCACUGAAACAAUCGAGAAUGACUCCUCAAAAAGUGCCGAAACUAGGGACAAGAAUAUGGACAAUGAGGUAUUAAAGUUUGGAUCAGUGGAAAACACGAUUGUCAAUGAUAGCUCCUCAGAUGGGUUGAUGUCUCUGGAAAGUCCAGUAGUUGACGCCAGUGAACUACCUGAUGAAGAGCUAUCACCUGAAAAGGACGAAGAAGAUGAAGUGCAAUCAUCGCAGCCGCCCGUGACCGAUGCUGACAACGGAGCGAAAACCGACACCACUAGCGCCGACAAAAUCGAGGACGAAGACAAAAUCGAGGAAGACGACAAAAUCGAGGACGAAGACAAAAUUGAGGACGACCAGACCAGAGAGGGUAAAAACGAGAAGAAAGAGACAAAAGAAGACCAGGGCGGUUCAUCAAUUUCUACUGGAAUGAUAAUCGGAUUCUGCAUCAUCGGUUUUCUAAUCACUGGACUAAUUAUUAUUUUUUGUCUUCGACUGUGGUGCGUGAAGAAGGCUGAACGGGAUACCUACUGA